CAGAUUUAGCUGUCUAUCUUGUUGCAGUGCGCAUGCAAAAGCGAAAACAGCAGUGGUUUAAUCCGAAACCGAAUGUAUUCAAACAGGGGUUUUCCACUCAGUGUAGCCGAGAACGUCUCUCCAUUGUCAGACUCACUAGGAUUUCCUUCGCUCCUGUCAUGUUUUCCAUGCGUUGGCUGAGGCGGUUGUCGGCCGGUCCCGUUGACUCAGACUUUCAGCACUUCACUGCUUUGAAAAUAAGACCGUCCUGUGGUCACGUCAUUGACUCAUCUUUCACUAAGGCAUGGGUGACUUCACAGCUUGACCAGGGAGAUGAUGAGUUCUUCUGUCCAAUCUGCCAUGUAGCCUGGUCCUGGAUGGAAAUAAAGCAGCUGUCGGUGUUCACUGCUGAAGAGAUCAAAGCCAUGGAAGAUAAAAUAGCUCAGAUCAAUUCAGGCAAUGCUCUGCUCAAAAAGUGUCCAGGCUGCAAAUCUUUAUGUAGUAAAGAAAAUCCAGAGACCAACUCCAUCAUCUGCCGACCAUGUUCGACAAGCCAGCCGAAGAUCUUCUCAUUCUGCAGUGAUUGCCAGCAGGAAUGGAAAGGCACAUCUCUGCAGGAUGACCUCUGUGGAAACCAAAACUGUUAUAUGCUGGCAUGUCUCUUGUCCUGCCCACUGAUUAGAAGACCAGGUAGCAGUUUGAAUGGUUGUCCCUCUUUCCGAGCAUGUCCUAAAUGUUUCUGUCUCAUUUCACACUCUCUUAAAGGGUGUACAAUGGUCAUCUGCCCAAGGUGCGAACACCAUUUCUGUUUCCGGUGUCUCAGAAUAUGCUGUAUGAUUCCAGACCUUAUGUUUUACAUGUAUCCAGAAAACAUGGAUAUCAUGUUUAGGGAAUAUUGGUGCAUUAAAGCACCAAGACAGACAGCUGUGAGCUUCUGCUGAUCUGAACACACUUUCCUCUAGUAGCAUUAACUGAAUUAUGAUUCAUCUUCCGGUUCUUUUUGCUUAACCCUGCCUGCCAGCUUCCAUUCUGUAGUAGUACAAAUAUGACAGAAAAAUUAUCCAAAGGGUUAAGAAAAGGCUAGAACAUCAAUGAAUUCAAAGAGAUGGCAAGUAAGGAGGUGAGGCCAGUAAAAACUCUUAGAUAAUGUCAGUCAAGCAUUACUUCUGCUCCUAGCUCUCUUCUGAAAGGAAAAGGAAAAAAACUUUUAUCAGCCUCUCAGAUGGCCAAGAUGUGCCUGCUACUGUACACAUUAUUAGAGGUUCCAAUAGGGCAAAUGAUCAUUGGGUCAGGGAAGACACAGUUUUGGCCUGAAAGUUGAAUGUACUAUAAGUCAUGGGAGAUCUCCAUUUACUUGAUUACAUUUCUACAUAACUUUCUGAAUUAACAAGCCAGCACCUAAGGGACUCACCUAAAAAAAACCCACUUGGAGUUAUCUCCAAGACCAUAGGCACCUAUGAGCACUCAAGUUAAUUCAUUAUUUCAAACCUUUUUUUCACAUCGCACUCACAAGAAUCAGAAAAUUAACAGAUUAUUGUAUUUUUUUUCUUUCAGCAGAG